ACAGGCAUAAACUAUUCGCGGUACAGCAACAGGAUUCAGUAAAAUAACUCAACUUUAUCUUUCUGCCGAUUGUGACUUAAUUUUUCACCUAUGCGCUUAUGACAAUGGACAACUCCGGCACCCUGGAAGUAAGAUGGGUACAGGGCUUUACCAAUCAGCACGUGUCAUUUGCAAACAGCAGAACAAUUUGCUACCCUUGUGGGAACUUCGUCAUUUUCAAGGACACAGAAACCAAGGAAAAACAUAUUCUGCAGUGUCCAAGCGGGAGCAUCGGAGCCUUUGCCGUGCAUGGCAAAAGUGAGGUUGUGGCCUUCUCAGAGCAAAGGCUUAAUCCCAGCAUUUAUGUCUACACCUUUCCUGGCUUCGAGAAACGGGCAGAACUGAAAGGAGGAGCCAAGAUGAACUAUUCAAAACUUGCAUUCAGCCAUUCUGGACCAUACCUGGCAAGCUGCUCCAUGCUCCCGGAUUACAACCUGACUCUCUGGAACUGGAAUGAACAGGUUCCCCUUUGUAGCUAUUCCCAGAUGGGAGUGGAAGUCACCAUUCUUAACUUCAACCCAACAAACUGGCACCAGCUCUGUACAGCCAAUAGAAAGAUGUUGACUUUGUGGAAUAUAGAGAGAUCUAACAAUGAAUACAUAAUGAAGCCUUCCUUCAUUAAUAUUCCUUCUGUGGAUGGUUCCUUUACUGAAGCCGAACAUGUUAGUUCUUAUCAUCUAGACUCCAGACUCACUUAUUACGGACCAAAGAUGCCAGUAUCUGCUAUGGCAGGAUUAUUGGGUGAAGAAGCUGAAAAAUUUCAGCCAAAAGAAGUCAUGAAAAAGAAAGUUCAUCCCUCAUCCUGUUGUUGGUCUGCAACAUCUGAUGUUAUUGUGGGCUGUGAAGAAGGCCAUCUUCUUCUUCUGACUUCUGAGACCCAGAAUGUAAUUUUCCUCUUCAAUCCCGUUGAUGAGGUUACAAGUCGAGCUUAUAACUGGGACACUGCACAAAGUGAUGUAUGUUGGAAUUUAAUUUUUUUCUUCCUUUGUAUAUUUUCUUAUUUAGAUAGCCCACAAAGAAACCUCAUUCAGGAUGGAAGUUUGCAGAGUCUGGCACUUCAUAGCAAUGGAAUAUACGCAGCAGGAAAUGAUGGCUUUCUGCGCUGUUUUCAUAUCAAAGGGAGUCAAAUCGAAAUAGAAGAAUGCUGGGUCACAGACGAAUCAAUCAACUACAUUGAAUUUUCACCUGACUACAAAACAUUGGCUUUGUCAACCAGCACAGGGACUGUUUAUUCAUACAUGCCUGACCAGACUGAGCACAUAGACAAGAUUCUGGAUGAUCAAUGUGGAAAUUUCAUUUCUGCUAUGCCUUUAUUUCCUGGAAACAGCUACUGUGUGUCUGUAAGAGAAAUGGGUGAAGUUCAAGUAUGGUCUGUGCAAGAUGGGAGCAGGAUUAGCACUUUACCUCUUACAGAGAAGGUGACCUGCCUAGCUUCUUGCCCCAUUUCCAAAUGUGCUGUGGUUGGAACUGCUUCUGGAUACUUGUGCUUCAUUGACUUAACAGCCAUUGAACAGCCGCGUAUGGUCCACAGACUUCGCCUGUAUGAGUCUCCUGUGCUCCUACUGCAGUAUGACAAUGGAGGCCAUUUUUUGCUUACUGGAGCAUCUGAUAAGCGUAUUUUUAUACUGGAUGCCAGACCGUCCAAAAUGUUUGCAGUCAUAGGAUACAUAGAGAUAACUGGCAUUGUUCUAGACCUCUCAGUCUCCUAUAACAGAGAAGAUAAUCAGGUGAAGGUCAUUGCUUUGUCUGCAUUGGAGAAUCAAGUUUCAAAAGAAGGGACCCACCUGGAGAUAUUCAUACUGCCCGCUGAGCUUAUACAAGAUGCUUCUCGCUUUGUGGAUGAACGUGGAGCCAUCGGAAACAAUUCUAUACAAAAGCAUUCAGUUGAAACAAAGGAGCCAGUGUCUUCUGUAGUACUGGGAACAGACAACAGGGUUUUUGGCUACUGCAAUGCGACUAAAUCAAUCCAAAAGUUUGUUUUGCCAGAGAACUUACAAAGUGUGAUACUAACUCCAGAACAAGAAGUUAAAGGAAGUCAGCUGGGCCCGGCCUUUCUUUAUUUAUCUCCACACUGCCAAUUUUUGGCCUCAGUUGCUAAAGAUGGAUUUUUUCGGAUUCAAAAUUCAAACAGUCUUGAGACGUUUUCUCAGUUGUUGUGCCACUCAUACCAUACCAAUGGAAUCGGCGCCAUGUCUUUCUCAUUGGACUGUCAAGUUAUGUUUACUGUUGGCUCAAAUGAUGGAGCCCUUGUUUGCCUUCAGUGGAGGACUGACACUGCUGCAAGUGACAUCAUUCAAGAAGCCAUUACAUAUAGUCAGUUUCUUAUGUCUGAGAUACAGAUCACCAUGUUAUCAGAGAAUAUGGAACUUGCCGCUCUGCCAGACUGGCAUGUUACUUCAGCCUCACCAUCUAACCUGCCAGAGGAAAAUGAGGCAAAGCAAGAAGAAGAUAAAGUGAGCGUGGAACUGUUUGAGAAAGAUGACAGUUACACUAGCCCAACUCUGGGCAGAACAGAAGAUGCCACAUGGCUUAAUCAGAAAGAAGACGAGGUCAUGAAGAAGGAAAGCUUACAAUUUAAAGAUGCAAAGAAAAAUCUUAGAAAAGGCAUUAAGCAGCUUCGUAAAACUAUCCAGCAGAUGAUGCAUGAGAAUGAGAAUCUGCCUGACUUAGAGAGACUGGAUCAACAAGAAUUUAACUUGGAUGUAGAAGAGCAAGAAAGGCUUCAAGCAGAAGGGGAAAGCGAAGUGUCGAGGAUACGCAAUGAAAUUGAGAUGGAUAAUCUAGCUAUGAGCUACCUGCGUGAUGCCAUCAAACAGGAAUACUGGGACUCAAUGACAGUCAAAGGACGAGCCAUUAAGGCAUUCCACAUUGAUAACGUAGUGAAAAACUUUCCAAUGAAACAGCGUUCAGCGACAUCAAUUAAGGAGCUUGAAAAAGCACGUGACCAGAGGGCGAAUGAAAUUGCCGACUUACAAGUCCGCAAGGCCAACACUGAGAGAAAACCAAAAAUAGCAUUUGAUAAAGAUGAUGACGAGAAUGAAGAUGAGGGAAAGGAGACUGAGAGCUCAUCUCUAACAGGCAGCCUGAGCAACGAAUAUGGCAUCUCAGACCCGGAUUUGUACAGCCAGUUUGUCCUCAACACUAAAGAGCAGAAAAUCAAUCAGGUUAUUCUGUUGAAGGAUGUCAUUUAUCGUAUCAAAGAAUCAUUCAACAAGGAAUUUGACGCAGUUUAUAAACAAAAGGAACAUGAAAUAAACCGAGUAUUGGACAAAAACCAGCGAAUACUGGAGAUUAUGGCAGAUCUAGAUAUACAGGACACUUUAUGGGAACCGCAACUUAGUGAAUAUGAAAAACCAGAAAGGGUAUUCAUCGUAGAAGAUUCAGAGGUUAAGGUUGAAAAAUUCCUCACUCCAGAACAGAAGCUGAAAGAGGAAGAGAAAGCUAAGCUAGAAGAGCAAAGAAGACUCUUAGAUAAGGGUGACCAGGCCAGAGAAAGAGCUCUAGAUGACAUGAUGGGUGGCAUGCUGGAAGUGAAGACUGAAGACGUAUUAAAAAUUGAAAUCCCAAGGCCCGAAUUUGCAUCACAGCCAGAAGAUCACUGGACAGAGGAUGAGAGAAAACAAUUUAAAGAAUAUGAGAAGAAAGUAAAAGAGCUUGCAGAGGAACGUGACAAAUAUAGAAGGAUACUGGAAGCAGAAAUGAAAAAACUACAAGGCUCUAUCAAGGACACGACUCAGGCAUUUGACGACACCCUUACCAAGUUAUUUGAGAAGAAAGUGAAAUGUGAAAUGAUGGUUUACCAGGAGGAACUUAAAAUAUCACAUCUAGUUUUUUCAGUUCUAAUUGAAGAAGAGCUACAUAACCAUGAAACAGAGCUCAACUAUCUUCUGGAAAAAACAAAGGACAUGAAGGGCAGAAGUGCAGAAGAAGUAAAACAAUGCAAAGAGCAAGUUGAUGCCUUCAGAGAGACUUAUGAUAACUGUGUCGCAGAAGACAAACUACUUGAUCGAGGGUUCAGAAAAGAAUUCACUGAUGUCCAUGCUCAUAUGGUUGACCAGUUGUACAAACUCUACAAGCGGAGACCUCGGGUCCAAACGAUACGAACACAGGCAGAAACAAACCCCUUUGGUGAUCGACCAGGAUCCGCACAGGCUGUCAGUGAAGCCCUCUCUCAUCUAAUGUCUGCAAUGGAUGAGUUGGAUGCACCAGAAAACAUACCAGAGGAUCUCGGUCUGCCUGUCUGGGAGAGGUUCUGUCUGUCAAGAAGGACCAAAGUGAAAAGUGAACAAGAGGUAAAGCAGAAAGCCCUCACUCUAGCUGAGAUGCAAGCAUUUCUACAUAGGAGAAUGGAGGAGGAUGAACAGAACAGGCAGGCAAUUGAAAACAUUGUAGAAAAUCUCAAUGUCUUACGGGACGUUAAGGUUCAGUUCCAACUGAAUUUAAUGGUGCAGAUCUUGCUAAAACAAGGACAAGUGGAGGUGGAGAGUGACAGUUUUAUAACAGACUAUUCAGAUUCAGUUCUUCUCCACAGAAGUGUUGUUGAAGAUCUAAAUGGAACAAUUAAGACUAUUGGGGAUCAGAAGAUUGCCACCAUGAUGAAAAUUAAAGAUUUCCGAAAGGGGAUCAUCAUUCAAGAGUGGGAGCACUUGAAAAUGAAAAUGCAGAUGGAGGAUUUAAACAAUAAACUUAGAGAUAUUCAAAUGCUGAAGUUCUCCAAGGAAUUACAAGAGUACCUGAAAGAACGUGAUCAUGAAAGCCACUUAAUGCAUCAGAUUUCAGUUCUGGAGAAAACCAUUGCUGCACAAGUAAAGAACCAUCAGAAAAAUGUAAAAAAUGUAAAGAGGAUUAUUAAAGAUAUAGAGAGACAAAUCAAAGUAAAGGCAGAUGACAACACCAUCCUGGAUGAGGAACUAAAGGAAAUGAUAAUGGUUGUUGCAGAAAGACAACAAAUCUAUGAUGCUGUUGCUGUGGAAGAUAACAUAGCACUGAAUAAUAACAAACGAUACCAGGACAUUGUUCAGAGGAAGAAACUGGUGGAUCUGGCAAAGGCUCAAGCUCAAGAAGCAUCCAUACUAAAAGCUAAACUUGAGAAACUGAGGAUGAGAACUUUUCCUGCUUUGGUGCAACUAGAACACUGAAAAUUCCAACAUUCUUCGUUCUAAUAAUGAAAUAAAAGCAGAAGGUUUGAUGUGUUUCUGUUUAAUCCAAACCCCAGCAGAAUAGUUAGGUGUGUAUGGCUGGCAUUACGAUAAUUACAAAAAUUUGGGGGAAAAUAAUGCACCCUUGAGGUUUAUACUGUAUUUCAGUGGUCAAAUAAGGCAAACAAAAGUCAUCAUAU